UUCACAUGCACUUUCAAGGUCGCCAAAGUGCAACCACAUCUGGCCAUCCACGUCGUCCGUCUUUCUUUGUGUUUGUUAAAGAAUUUUAGCGCUGUUCCCCUUCUUCGCACUAUGUACCAACUCACUAGCCCAAGCUUCAACCUUAGCACAUCUGGCAUUAUGGCACUCCCCUGUGGUAGACCACUAGUUUAUAAUUUUAGGUGGGGGUUUUGAGUGAUGUCGAAAUUGAUCAUAAUUAUACUUGGAUAGUUAUGAUGCAUUACAAUAUUUGAAGUUCAAUUUUGGGAUUAUCAGAGCUACAAAUUAGCACAAAAGUCACAAACAAAGAUUGGUUGUUAGGGGUCUGCAGGCUUUUUGUACCAUUUUAUUUCAGAGUUCCAGCAUGAAGUACUCGUGAAGCUGACAGUGCUGCGAAUGGUUCAAAAGCAGCAUGGGGAACUUACACAUGGGCUGAUCGGCCGGCUUCGGUCCAAUGCUGCCAAAGGAAAUGCACCUUUAGUUUCCAGCCCGUUCUUGGAGUACGAGUCACUGAAACAGUUCGAUAACAAGUUGACUGGCCAGAUGAAAGAUGUGCUUGUGGAAGAGCUUGCCAACAAAGGUGGAAUCAAUGCUGCUGCGUGCACAAAAAGAAUUCUUUGCUACCUGCUCUGUGGCAAUCUUGCAGCGGAAUUCUCAUGGCUUGGAAAAAAAGAAAAGCGUAGAUUCAGCGAGCUCCGUCUUGCCUCUUGCAUAAUAAGUGCUGUGCAAAAGGUUCACGCUGCAAAUGAAUUUGCCAUAGAGGCAGCCAUUCGAGAAUGGUUGCGUCAUGCCCCAGCAAGGCACAAGAAUGGAUCAAGUGGUUGUGAUGAGUAG